UUUUGACUCUUCCUCAGCUUGUUCUGUUCGACUCUUCCGACUUCCAUUAACGUGUCUGCAAAUCGCAAACCCUAGUCCUCUGGUGCUUGUAAUCAAUGGCUGGUGAAUCCGAUGUUUCCGUAAGCACCCUUUCUUGCACCAACUGUGCCAAACCUGCAAAUCUUCAGUGCCCAAAAUGCUUGGAAUUGAAGCUUCCCCGUGAAGGUUCUGCCUUCUGCUCUCAGGAAUGUUUCAAGUCUUCAUGGAGCUCCCACAAAGCAGUGCAUCUGAAGCCAAAGCAAUCCUCACUUGGCACACAGAAUUCAGAUUCACUUGGUGAAGGUUGGUUAUAUUGCAUAAAGAGAGGGCAGGGUCGGACUCCAAAACUUCCUUACUUUGAUUGGACUGGGAUGCUGCGGCCAUAUCCCAUAUCUAGCAAACGGAUUGUCCCAGCUGAUAUUGAUAAACCUGAUUGGGCUGAUGAUGGAAUUCCGAAAGUUGAGCCCAAUAGUGAUCUGCAGCAUUUUGUUGAGAUCAAAUCUCCAGAUUUAAUUGAGAGAAUGAGAGAAACUUGUCGGAUUGGAAGGGAGGUGUUGGAUGCAGCUGCUCGGAUUAUUCAGCCUGGUGUGACUACUGAUGAAAUUGACAGAGUUGUUCAUGAGGCAACUAUUGCUGCAGGAGGAUACCCAUCGCCUCUCAAUUACCAUUUCUUCCCAAAAUCUUGCUGCACGUCAGUUAAUGAAAUAAUCUGCCAUGGAAUUCCUGAUGCAAGGAAGCUUGAGGAUGGUGACAUUGUAAAUGUUGAUGUCACUGUGUAUUAUAAAGGUGUUCAUGGUGAUCUAAAUGAAACAUACUUUGUGGGAAAUGUUGAUGAAGAGUCUCGCCAGCUGGUCAAGUGCACAUAUGAGUGCCUGGAGAAGGCAAUAUCCAUUGUCAAACCUGGGGUGCGAUUCCGUGAAAUUGGUGAAGUUAUUAAUCGCCAUGCUUCGAUGUCAGGCUUCUCAGUGGUAAAAUCGUACUGUGGUCAUGGAAUUGGAGAGCUUUUCCAUUGUGCUCCAAAUAUUCCUCAUUAUGCAAGAAAUAAAGCAGUUGGUGUGAUGAAGGCUGGACAGAUCUUUACAAUUGAACCAAUGAUCAAUGCAGGUGUCUGGCGUGAUCGAAUGUGGCCUGAUGGAUGGACUGCUGUCACAGCAGAUGGUAAACGAAGUGCUCAAUUUGAACACACUCUUUUGGUGACAGAGACUGGUGUUGAGGUUUUAACAGGACGGUUGCAGACAUCACCCAAAGUUUUUCCUUGGCUAAAGUCAUAAUUGGGUGAAUCUGGCAUUUUCUAAAUAGUAUACAAUUUGAUAGGCAACCACAUUUAAUGGUUUCUACUCCAUCUGCUUGCCUCUCUUUUUGAGUAUCAUGUUUGUAACUCAACAUAGUUAAGGAGAAAAGUAAAGGUUAAGAUAUAUUGUCUGUAUCAGUGAAAGAUAAUUUGAUUUAAUAACUUGUCACUUUUUUGCUUGUUUGUGAGGCAAUAUUUGAGCCUAAGUUUUGAACAGCAGGACUUAAUGACGAUAUUUCUUGGUUUUA